UUCUGUACUGGACAUGACAGUAACGAUGUAGUGCGUCCACGGGCGCCCCUGCUCUGGGUCUGCUCCAGGCAUGUACUGCCGCACAGCAGCUGCUGUGUUGGUGUGGUUAAUUUUCCUACCAUCUCCAUCAGUGUCGAGUUGGGCCGAAUGGGGGCGCUGGGGCCCCUGCUCGGAGACAUGCGGCAAUGGCGUGCGGUUCAGGAACAGACAGUGCACCAAAGUGACCAAGGAGGAGCAGUGUCCCGGGGCCCCUGGAGAAGCAACGAGGAGCUCUUCUUGUACGGUGAGCUGUACAGACGCAGUGCAUGCCCACGUGGUGUCCGUCCCCUUCGGUGCAUCAGUCAAGCUAACUGAAUGCGAAGGGAUUAACUGCGAAUGGAAGAAAGAUGGGAAACAGUUCACAUCUACAGACCACGCGCGCGUGUCGGCGGAGAACGUGCUGAAAGUGUGGGGAACUACCAAAGAGGAUACGGGGAUAUACACCGCCUUCCACAACGAACGUAUGACCGCUAUGAUUAUCAUAAAAGUUGGGACAGAAACCGGUACACACAAUGAGGUCCACAUGCUGAUUGCUGCUGCCUCACCGAUCGGCCUGUUUUUGAUACUGAUGACGUGUUGCUGCCUGAUCAGGAUGAAAAAAAAUAAAGCGAAGAAGAAGAAGAAGAAGAAAAAGAAGAAGAAGAAGAAGAAGAAGAAGGGAAAACGAAAGAAAAAAGGGAAGAAAGGCAAAGCUAAAACAUCAGACCCGUCCUCGCCUGGACCUGAUGCCCCGCCGCCACCUGGGGCCCCUCCACCCCCUGGACCUGGUGCCCCGCCGCCACCUGGGGCCCCUCCACCCCCUGGACCUGGUGCCCCGCCGCCACCUGGGGCCCCUCCACCACCUGGACCUGGAGCCCCGCCACCUCCCGGUCCACCAGGCCCACCAGGGCCACCCGGUCCUCCUGGCCCACCCACCGGUCCACCAGGUCCACCUCCCGGCCCCCCUGGUCCACCCGGUCCUCCUGGCCCACCCACCGGUCCACCAGGUCCACCUCCCGGUCCCCCUGGUCCACCCGGUCCGCCUGGUCCACCCGGUCCACCCUGCGGGCCAUCCGGGCCACCUCCUGGUGCACCUGGCCCACCCGGUCCACCACCUGGCCCACCUGCAGGACCAGGGCCCCCUCCCCCAGGGCCAGCACCUGGCCCACCCGGUCCACCACCUGGCCCACCUGCAGGACCAGGGCCCCCUCCCCCAGGGCCAGCACCUGGCCCACCCGGUCCACCACCUGGCCCGCCUGCAGGACCAGGGCCCCCUCCCCCAGGGCCAGCACCUGGCCCACCGGGACCGCCGGGACUUGGGCCGCCGGGGCCCCCGCCUCCCGGUCCCGCCCCGGCUGCACCCGGUCCUCCUGCCGGCGGUGGCGGCCUGAGUGGACUUGGAGCGGUGAAACUGAAGUCUGCCGGUGACCGUCCACCUCCAAGCAGAGGCCUAGGUCCACCUAAACCACAACCAAAGAUUCCUCCGGCAUCAGGCAAGAUCGCUGCUUUGCAGGGCGGUCUGGGGGGACUAUUUGGAUGAAUUUUACCGUCAAUGUUUGAUUAACAGUAAAAGAUUGCGGCUCGAAUGACGCAACAUAUCAGCUGAUAAACGCAACCAGACCAUGGCCAGUCUCGGGAUAUUCGUCAAUAAAAUGAUUUGACACCGGUACCAGUGCUCGUAUCUCAAA